AUGGAAAUGAAACAUUCUGUGGCAGAGAAUGCUCUCCAAAGACUCAACAAAGAGAAAAGGGCCUAUGAAGAUGAGCUAGUUACCUUAAGGGGAAAGCUUGCAGCCAUGGAUGAGGACAGCGAUAAAUACAAAAGAAAAUUGAUCGAAGACCAGAUAAGAGAAACAUCUAAAGCUCUGGAGGUGGUAGAAAAGCAAGUGCUGAAGUUUUCAGAUUCACAAGGAGAAAAAUAA